AUGUCUGGAGCAGACAACAACCCAAGGAAGCGGAAAGCUGAGCCUCGCGAACGGCAAGAUGGCGACGAGAAAAGAGCUAAGGGCAAAAGAAACUGGGAUAUGCCCCGUAGGGGUGGGAUCCAAUCUCGUGCUAUCAAGCCCGGUGAUGCGGGCAUAUGGGCAACAUGUGCUAUGAAGAAGGAAGCAAAAUCCGUCUCUGACCUUCGAGAUUUGUUCCAAGAGUACGCUACUACGCUGUAUGGCACGGCCGAGUCCAAUGGCACGGCUGCAGAGGACAGCUCUGAUUCCGAAGGAGGUGAUAUUGAAGCUGAGAUCAAAAAAGAGCUCGCCGAUAUCCGCAAGCCGACCACAAAGCCAUUGUUCACAUCCCUCAAGCUCGAUACCCAAUGCUUGAUGUUCUUCAGGACACGCUCACCUAUCGAACCUGUCACGUUUGUUCAUAAGAUCUGUCAGGAUAUUGCAAAUGGCGCACAGCCAAAGAACUUACGUUACGUCAAGCGACUAACACCCAUCACUGCAACAGAUAAGGCUACUCCUCAGGGUCUUGAAGCUGUCGCGAAAGAAGUCCUCGCACCCCACUUUCAUGGCGCAGAUCAAGCGGGGAAGAAGAUCUUCGCUAAUGCACGUCGACCCAAGUUUGCAAUACGUCCAUCGAUACGCAAUAACAAGGAGUUUUUGAGAGACGGUGUCAUCAACACAAUUGCAGCUGCGGUUGGUCCCGGGCACAAAGUCGACCUCAAAAAUUAUGAUCUCCUUAUUCUUGUAGAGAUUUACAAGAAUGUCUUGGGUAUGAGCGUGGUUGGGCCUGACUUUGAGAAGCUCAAACGUUUCAACAUUGAAGAGCUUCGUCAGCCAUUGUCUUCUGUCAAACCAGAAACCGACGAUCAGUCGGGAAAGAUCAACAAAAACAAUAGUGCCUGA